AUGACUGGCAGAUUUAAGUCGAAAGUCCGAAACGUGACGCUCAUCCAAUACUAUGACCCCACUGAGACAUCAGAGAUUGAGAAGGAGGAGGAAUUCUAUUACCUGCUACGAGAGACUGUAAGGAAAGUGAGCAAAAAAGAUAUCCUCAUUGUUAUGGGAGACAUAAUUGCCAAGGUGUGGGAUAACAAUGAGGGGUUAGAACAGAUAAUGGGGGUACAAGGCUUGGGUGAAAUGAAUGAUAAUGGGGAAAGAUUUAGUGACUUCUGCGCAAUCCAUGACCUUGUAAUAGGAGGGACCUUGUUUCCUUAUCGGAGAUGUUAUAAGAUAACAUGGGUAUCUCCAGAUAUUAUUACAGAAAAUCAAAUUGACCACAUCGCAGUAUCCAGAAAGUUCAGGAGGAGCCUGAAAGAUGUGUGGAAUAGAAGAGGAGAAGACGCAAGUAGCGACCACCAUCUUGUUACUGCCAGUUUCCAAUUGAAGAUUGUGGUUUCCAAAAAGAAAUUCGAGCCAAGGAAUGGAAGAUUCGACGUAGGUAAAUUGAAAGAUCCACAGAUAGCUGAGGGGUUUCAGCUGGAACUCCGGAAUAGAUUCCAGGCGCUGGAACUGGAGAUGACUGAGGAUAAGGACAUGGAGGAAAUAUGGACAGAAGUUAAGAAUUCUUUUGUGCAUGUGAGUGAGAGACAACCUGGCUUUAAAAAUCACCUACGGAGAGAUUGGAUGUCCGAACAUACCUGGAGGAAGAUCACCCACAGAAAGGAGGCCAAGGGAAGAGUAAACCAGAACAGCACCAGGCGACAAACAGCACAGGCACAUUCUGAUUAUCAGCAGAUAAGGAAGUGA